CCCGGCUGAGCCAUCGAAGCUGUCUCUUUGCUGCUACAAUCAAGCUAGUCAAGCAAGCUAGCCACGGGUAAAUUAUGACCAGUGCCGGAGGAUAAUUUAGUGUACUGAUUCAGGACUGGACCAUGUGGUGAUGAGCGGUAUGCCAUGCAGAGGAGACACAGCAGCAACACGGAUGGCAUGCCCUCUGAAAGGAGUCGUAGCCAAACCCUGGGAUCAGAGAGCAGCUUGGACGAGGGCGGCGUGUUCGACUGCCUGAAGCCCGACUCGCCCACUUCACCGCAGCAGCUCUUCUCCGGCCUGGUGGGCGUCCCCUCCGGCUCUGUCUCCUCUGCCCCCUUCCAGGCCGCCGGUCUAGUCCUGGGUUCCCCUCCGGACGUUUUUAUCCAGAUGACAGCGUCGUCCCGGGAAGAAGGGGGGUCCCACCGCACCGAGGGUGGACCCUUCCUGCCCCGGCCGCCCCAGCAUCACCAUCACCACCACCACUUCCACCACCAGCCCCUGCAGCACCGGACGUCCUCUCUGCUCCAGCAGGCCACCACGGCGGCCGGCUCAGAGCGGCACGGCUCCCGGGAGGAGGCCCAGGAGGACCCGUCCACCCCGGCCCCCGCUCUGUCCGAGCUGAAGGCGGUGGUCACCUGGCUGCAGAGGGGCUUCCCCUUCAUCCUCAUUCUCCUGGCUAAAGUCUGCUUUCAGCACAAGUUAGGUAUUGCUGUUUGUGUGGGGAUGGCCAGCACAUUCGCCUUUGCCAAUUCCACAUUUAAGCACCAAGUGUCAUUACGGGAGGAACGCUCUGUGUUUGUUGCUCUGUGGAUCAUGACGUUCCUUGCGGGGAACAUCGCGUACCUCUACUACACUUUCAGCCAGGAGGAGCUGUACAACAGCCUCAUCUUUGCCAAGCCCAACAUCAACAGCUAUGACUUCUUCGAUCUGAUCUGGGCGGUGGGCAUCACUGACUUUGUCCUCAAGUACUUCACCAUCGGCCUGAAAUGCUUUGUCCUCUUCCUGCCCAAGAUUCUCCUGGCCUUCAAAUCCAGGGGCAAGUUCUACCUGCUGAUCGAGGAGUUGAGCCAGUUGUUUCGGGCCCUGGUGCCAAUCCAGCUCUGGUACAAGUACAUCAUGGGGGAAGACCCGUCUAGCAGCUACUUCCUUGGAGCCACUCUCAUCAUCAUCUACAGCCUCUGCAAGUCCUUUGACAUCUGUGGGCGUAUAUCUGCCAUACGCAAGGCCUUUGCCAUCCUCUGCAGCUCUCAGAGUUAUGGUGUGAGGGCCAGCAGCCAGCAGUGCAGCGAGGCGGGCGACGUCUGCGCUAUUUGUCAAGCUGACUUCAAAGAGCCCAUAGCCCUUCUCUGUCAGCACGUGUUCUGCGAGGACUGCCUGUGUCUGUGGUUUGACCGGGAGAGAACCUGUCCGCUGUGUCGCUCUGCUGUCAUCGAGACCCUGCGAUGCUGGAAGGAUGGCACCACCUCUGCUCAUUUCCAAAUCUACUAGCGUUGACCACAGUUACAUGCACACAGAAAAUGUGAUUGUAACAUGAUUAAGACAAUGAUACCAAUAAGGCAAGACCCAUGUGGACGCCAUACUCUAUUUAUAUUAGGGCCAGUAAGAUAUAUGGAUUCCUAUUUACGGUAAAUCACAUUAAUAGACCAGUCAUAACACAUAUAUACUUUCACUGCAGUUAUUUAAGUAUGAUCAAGUUGUGCAUCAUGUGUAGAGUGUGUAAUGUGUAGUGUCAUUUCUGUUGCAGUAACCACCGGAUUUUUGGGUGAGAUGUCAUUUUAUGAAAUCAUGCAAAUGACUUUGAUCACCUUAUUGUCUUAAAUUGACAAAUGGCAAUAGUUGUGUCAUGUAUAUUGCACAUGUAGCUCUUACUAAGCCGCUAUGAUUUACUGUAAAUAGUCACAACAUUCACAUUAUGCCUUUAGGGUCUUCAGCACAAGGUUAAGAUCGGGUAAUCGUGUGCAGAUAAAAUUUGAUUGUUCUUUUUUUUUUAUACAAGGCUUGGUGUUUAAGGUUUUUAUUCAAGAAUGACAUGUUUGCCAUUUGAGGAAAACGAAAGCUCUCACCUACAAAAUGAUUGGCAAUACAGAGUUUUAAAAUGGUUUAGUAAUUCUUGGAAGACAUUAGGUAAAAAAUGCCAACACCUCCAUCAAGUGAAUACUUAGAAAAAAAGAAGUGAAGUGUGUGUAUGUAGUAUUUUCAGAUUUAUUUGUGAAUUGGAAUCAGUGUGUGUGGAGCCAUAAUGUCACAUCAUAUGGAUCAAGUUUCAUUUAGACAGUAAAUGUGGUGCAGAGAGUGGGUUUUCUGUUUAUUUCUUCAUGUAUUUAUAUGUUGUUAUUGAUAGAGGCCGGCUAAUAUCAGAUUUCCCUCUGUUGUAUCGUUAUGCACAGUUCAUGUGAUUUCUCAUGCGUUUUGGUCAGUAUGAACAAAGCAUUACUGACCAGUUUCUCUUUGCUUGCAGUACACAACACAUUUUCAAUUAAAUUACAGUAUAAU